AUGUGCCGCAAGUAUCAGCGCAUCGGACGGUGCGGACACGUCUACAGAGAGAGCUGGAGUCCCUCUGACCCCAGGGACUGCAGCACAGCACGGGCUCGAGCACGCCGAACCGGAAAUGCAGCCAGACAUUGCAGGCACUCCGACAGCGGUGGCCGUUCGACCCACGUCACAAGCGACAACACCCAAGUCUGCAACUCCACCACGUGCUACAGAGACUACAUCCUCCGGACGAACGGCUGGACGUGCCACAAAUGCGGUGGCCAGAACAGCGGCACCAGCAGGUCCUGUGUGCACAGCGACGUGGUCGACUAUUCCUCCGGGUCGUCGUCGUCCGGCGGCGGCGGUUAUGAGGAUGGGUGA